AUGAGUCAGCAACGACGUAUUUUGUGGAUGGCCUCCCGUCAACAUGGCAUUGCUGCAGCGUCCCAUAAUCGACAACAUCGACAAGAUCCCAAGGGCUGGACAAUCCGCGGGCCUUUGAUACAUUCUUUAUUCUUCCUUCGAUUACCGUAUUCUUUCGAGUCUCUAGGUCGGAUCAAAUUACCUUGCGCCGGGCUGGGGGUUCAACGUGUGGUUGGGAGUCCGAUCCUCGGCAACAUCAACUUUCAACAUGAAUCCUGCUUUGUCGGCAAGUUAUUCCGUCUUUUGGAUUCCAGUGUAUCUCGGUUGACCGGAAGAAAUUAUACUAACUACAGCUUCACAGAAUACGAUGGUGGCGCGUUGGAUAGCGAGCGGAGGAGUAGCGGAGAAGUUGCCACAAGUGUUAUUUCGAAGGGCAUUUGCGAUUCAACCAGCAAGACUAUUUUCUUCGUCUUCGCAGACGGUAAGAAGUUUCGUUCGGAAUCCCCAAUUAGUUGUCAAACAAGUUUCCAAUGCUAACGCAAGCCUUCGCAGGCAAUCCCCUCGAAUUGCCACAGUGCGGCACGCUUACCAUCUUCGAACUCGAGCAUACUUUCCUAUACUUCCUUCAAUACUUCUAGAAACGGUAUCGCAAGCUCGAAAUCGAAAUCGCAUACUGUAUUCCGCAAGGCCAUUCCUAUAGCAACCCAAUGUCGACAAGUCUCAUCCAUUCGUUCUCUCUCAGAAGCAUCCAUCUCAUCUACAGCAAACAACCAGGUUCAGCGAAGAGGGUUCUUCGGAAAUGCCAAUAACAAUAAUCUUACGGUUCUCGAGGAAACAGCCAACAGAAACCCACAAAGCGCUAUUGCUCAAAAUGCCUUCUACCAAGCACUUCUACGCGCCAAUAUGCCUGCCAUCAUUGUGGAACGUUACGAAACCAAUGCCUUUGUCACCAACGCUUCUUGUGAAGCUGCAUAUCAUCUAGCUUUGGGUGCUACCAGUAAAUCAACUACCACUAAUGACGGCCAAUCCAAUUCUGCCAAUGCUUCUCAACUUCAGGCUGUCGGCCAGGCAGUUGCUGCUCAAUCUCGAGGUGCAAACAUUGGUGUUGCAGCCGCCGUAGGUUCAGGCAACGGUACUGGGUCCGGAAAGGGAGAUCCCAUUCACGUUGUAGUGCAAGAAAGUAUUGGUCACACAGUUUUCAAAUGGUUCAAGCUCUUAUUAUACUUCGGUCUAACCACCUACAUUUGCAUGAUGCUAAUAACUGUACUCAUCGAGACUGUUGCACCCUUCAAGAAGUCUGGCGGCCCUGGAAAAACUGAUGGCGAAGCCCGAGCUGAAAACCAAACUGUCCGAUUCUCUGAUGUCCAUGGUUGUGACGAGGCAAAAGAGGAGCUGCAAGAUCUUGUGGAAUUCUUGAAGAACCCUGAAAAGUUCUCUACUCUCGGUGGUAAGCUUCCAAAAGGUGUGCUCCUUGUUGGUCCUCCUGGUACUGGAAAAACUCUUUUGGCCCGGGCAGUUGCAGGGGAGGCUGGCGUUCCAUUCUUUUUCAUGUCUGGAUCCGAAUUCGACGAGGUCUACGUUGGUGUUGGCGCAAAGCGAGUUCGUGAAUUGUUUGCCUCCGCCAAGGGAAAAUCACCUGCUAUUGUGUUCAUUGAUGAACUUGAUGCUGUUGGAGGAAAGAGAAACACAAGAGACGCUUCUUAUCACCGACAAACUCUCAAUCAACUUCUCACCGAACUUGACGGAUUUGAACAAAACAGCGGAGUUAUCAUUCUUGCGGCAACCAACUUUCCCGAACUUCUCGAUAAAGCUCUGACUCGACCAGGACGCUUCGAUCGUAAUGUCGUUGUUUCUCUCCCUGAUGUUCGUGGUAGAAUUGAAAUUCUCAAGCACCACAUGAAGAAAAUUGUUGUUGGUCAAGACGUUACCAUUGAGACUUUGGCACAAGGCACCCCUGGAUUCUCCGGUGCUGAGUUGGAAAAUGUGAUCAAUCAGGCUGCAGUCCAUGCUAGCAAAGCGAAAGCACAAGCAGUAUCAAUGCUUGAUUUUGAAUGGGCCAAAGAUAAGGUUACGAUGGGUGCUGAAAAGAAAAGUAUGGUGAUUACCGACAAGGAGAAGGAAAUGACAGCUUUCCAUGAAGCUGGCCAUGCUCUCGUCAUCAUGUUUUCCCCCCGUGCCAACCCGUUACACAAAAUUACUAUUCUACCUCGUGGGCAUGCCUUGGGUGUUACGUUCAGUCUUCCUGAAAUGGACGUUUACUCCGUAUCCAAGGAUCAGUAUGAGGCUAAAAUAGAUGUGUUCAUGGGUGGCAAGGUCGCAGAAGAACUUGUUUAUGGCUCUGAAAAGGUCACAAGUGGUUGCUCGUCUGUGAGUACUCCCUCAUCCCCCAUUUUUCCUGCUGAAAGCAUUCACUAAUUCACAUUCAUAGGAUCUUCAAGGGGCUACGCAAAUCGCUUAUUCGAUGGUUGUAAAUUGUGGCAUGUCUCCCCUUUUAGGGAACGUUGACUUGUCCUCCAAUUACAGCAAUCUUUCAGCCACUACCAAGCAAUUGGUUGAAUCCGAAGUGCGCCGUAUUAUCGAGGAAGGACGUGUUCGUGCGACGAAAAUUCUGACGGAGCACCGAAAGGAACUUGACCUCCUCGCGAAGGCCUUGAUCGAUUACGAGACGUUGGACAAGGUCGAGGCCUUCAAAGUUAUCAGAGGUGAAAAGCUCGAAGGCAAGCCCGUUACCUCAGGUGUAGGAAUCAAGGUACCCAAACUUGAACUACCACCGAUCCCUGGAUCUGGGAAUGAUGGUGGAAAGGAGCCUCCUGUGGGUGGUGCUGUUGCUUAA